GGCGCCCGCCGCCGCGGUCACGCAUGGCCGCGCCCGCGGCAUCGUGCUCGCGUUGGCCCUUUGCGCCGGCGGCGCGCUCUUCGCCGUCGCCGGGCCGGGCCCGUCGCCGCCUGUGUGGAAAUCAACCAGUGUGUCGGGUGCACCCGACAAUUCUUCACUAAGUCAUUUCUCGGCGAUGACGCGGCCGACCUGGCUCGGUCGAGCGGCGAAGAACCGGCAUCGCCACGCCAUCGAGCAGGCGUCGCGUCGAUGGCGAACGCGCCGUAAAAUUUUGAUUUCCACACAGGUCGCCGCGGCUCCGCGGGACGCAGCUCGACUCCUACUGGACCAUCAUAGGCGGCACCCCUACUCAAGUUGAGCCCGAUGCCGAGGGCCUCGAGGUGGUGAUCGCGACCAUGGAGAACGGCGAGCGCGUCCCGGUCGACACCCCGCCGAUCGUCGGCGGCCCCGGCGACGACGACCACGACUGCUGCGGCGGCGGCUCGGCGUGCGGCUGGGGCUGGUGCGAGGCGCAAGGCAAGUGCACGCAGGUGUGGGAGUGCGAGCCGGACCCCACGAUCGAGGUCGGCAACGCGACGACGCUCCCGGCGCCGGCCACGACGCCCGGCGUCGUCAACUACUUCCCCGACGCUCAAGUCGCGGCUCAAGCCAACACGGACUGCACCGGCGGCGAGGGCGUCGGCAUCGGCUGCGCCUCGGGCACGACGCUCUCGACGGAAAACGAGUACUCGGGCGAGGGCGAGUCCACCGGAGAGGCCGUCAAGCACUCGACGACGGCCACGACCGUCGAGGCCGCGAACGCGGCCGACAAAGAAGAGCCCUCCUCCCAGUUCCAGAUUAACACGUCCGCCGGCCCGGCGUCGCAGUCGACCACGAACAAAGGCGGCGAGACCGUCCACCAGGGCCCGGGCAGCGCCACCGUUCGCGACGGCGCGGGCAACGCCAAGUACAUCCCGGGCCGCAAGUAGGUGAUGCGCCGCCGCGGCGAGAGCUAGCUACGCUGGGUAAUUGGCUCUCCA